ACACCGCUUUCCCCACCACGACCCUUCGCCUCAGCCAGGUACCAGCAUGAUGACGCUGUCCCAAUAGCUUGCUUGCUGGUUUCCUUGUCCAACAAAAUCCUCGCCAUCCCACGCCCACAUCGCAUCGCAUCAAUCUGCAAGGGGCUCUGCAAGCUUAGCUUCCGCCGUCUUCCUCUUCCCUGCUACUUUCCUUUCUCCCUCCAGCUUGCUCUCGACCUUGCGCUCUCAGAGCUACCAUCUCGUGCAACCAUGGCGUCCCUAUCAGUCACCGUCAAGCACCAGGGCAAAAAGUACAAUGUCGACAUCGACGCGAGCUCGACCGGAGAGGACUUUAAGCUCCAGAUGUUCAGCCUCACCAAUGUCGAGCCUGAACGACAGAAGAUCCUCAUCAAGGGCGGCCAGCUCAAGGAUGAUGCCGACAUGACCAAGCUCGGCCUCAAGGCUGGCCAGACCAUUAUGAUGAUGGGUACUCCGGGAUCCGGCGGCGGUGAUCUUGUCCGCCCCAAAGACUUGGUCAAGUUCGUCGAAGACAUGACCGAGGCCGAACAAGCCCAGCAAGUCGGCGCAACCCCAGCUGGCCUCGUCAACCUGGGCAACACCUGCUACCUCAACUCGACUCUCCAGACCCUCCGGCUGAUCCCCGAGCUCCAGGACGCCUUGAAAAAGUACAGCCCCGAUGCCGCACCCGCCAGCCUCCUCAUGAGCGGCUCUUCCAUGGACCUGGCUGGCCAGCUUUCCACCCUCUACAAGAAGAUGGGCGAAACUCAGGACUCCUUCCCGCCCAUGAACUUCCUCAACGCCCUGCGCGUGGUGUUCCCCCAGUUUGCCGAAAAGUCCAAGUCGGGUCACGGCUAUGCCCAGCAGGAUGCCGAAGAGGCUUGGUCGCAGAUUGUCCAGCAGCUGAACCAGAAGCUCCGUGUCAAGAGUUCUGAAGAUAGCCCCGAGGUUUCUUUUGUGGACAAGUACAUGACGGGAGAGUUCACAUCUGUGAUGGAGUGCGACGAGGAGGAGGCCCGCAACGCCGGCGAAAAGGCCAUCACCACUAAGGAUAACUCCACGAAGCUCAAAUGUCACAUCGAGAGCUCAACCAACCACCUGCGGGACGGUAUCCUCGCCAGCUUGACUGAGAAGCUUGAGAAGAACUCGGAGGUCCUCGGCCGUAACGCUGUCUACACCAAGACCUCCAAGAUCUCGCGGGCGCCCAAGUAUCUGACUGUUCAAUUUGUUCGAUUCUUCUGGAAGCGGGAGACUCAGAAGAAGGCCAAGAUCAUGCGAAAGGUGACUUUCCCGCAGGAAUUAGACAUCGUUGAGUUUUGCUCGGAUGAUUUGAAGAAGGCUCUCAUCCCUGUCCGUGACAAGGUCCGGGAAAUUCGCAAGGAUGAGGAGGAUAUUGAGCGAGCCCGCAAGCGCCAGAAGCGGACCCACGACCAAGCCAUGGCCGACGUUGCCGGCGGUGCCGGCCUCCCCAGCGAGAAAGAGAAGAAGGACGCAGAGAAGAAGGCUACAGAGGUUGCCGAAAGAAAGGGUGAGAAGAAGCCGGAACCAUCGGCAGAUGGUGACACAGUCAUGGGCGAGACAUACAAGACGGACGCCGAGGUCGAAGCUGAGCGGGAUGCCGCCUUGUUGGUUGCCAAGAAGGAGCUCAACGCUUUGAUUAACCCCGAGCUUCGUGACGACGACGGCGCCAACCAGUCGGGUCUCUACGAGCUCCGAGGCGUGGUGACGCACCAAGGCGCCAGCGCCGACAGCGGCCACUACACUUCGUACGUCAAGAAGACAGCGCCCGUCGACCCCAAGACGGGUAAGAAGGGCGAAGAGGACGGCAAGUGGUGGUGGUUCAACGACGACAAGGUGACGGAGGUGGAGGCGGACAAGAUUCAGACGCUGGCUGGCGGUGGCGAGUCACACUCGGCCCUGAUCCUCCUGUACAAGGCCAUCCCUCUCCCCACCGCUGAUGGAACGAUGGAAUAGACGUUCAUAUAAGCAUGGGGUUUCUUCAGGUGGAACGGAAACGAAAAUGACCUCUGGGCGUUGGUGAUAGUCUGGACAGGCAGGUUCUAGAUGAACAUGGAUGUAAAGAAAUGAUUUUACACAUUGUAAAGCAGGCGUAGGCAGUGACGGAAUGGAUGAAUACAGGU